CCGGGUUUACGGCAGGUGCCCACGUGAUCCUGGCCUGCAGUCGGGUGGCUGCGGUGAGGUACCUGGGCUCCUGAAGGGCGGGCGGUUAGGUCGUUAUCGCCGCCGCCGCUGGCUGACUAAACCCGGCAGCCAAGCGCGGGAGCAACCUGGCGGCUGAGGAGUUCACCGCACAGUGCCUACGGCAUCGGGUCAGCUCUUUCUGCGACCUCCGCCUUCGCGGUCCCCACCUUUUUGAGGGCGAAAUCACUUUUGGGUUUCGAGACCUUGCGGUGUGAGGCCCCAAAUCGGGGCGACUCCCCAGUUUACCUCUUUUCCUCCAUCUCUUCCUUUGCACCACUGAAUCACUUGGUUUUCGAGCUGGCCUGCGCGGUCGUGCCUUGAGGCCAAGUUCUGGGCGGUAAAGGUAACGGUGGGGAAAGCGGCCCCCCAGUGGACAAAGGCGGAGGCAGAAUAGAGCAGGCCUGAGGGCCGCAGGCCAUGAGAAUAGGCAGCUGAGGGGGUGAACGAGGAAAAAAAAAAAAGAGUACUGCGGAUUUAGAAGGGACUGGAAAGGACUUGUUGCACGAUGGAAGAAUCUGACUCUGAGAAAAAGAUGGAGAAAGAGAAUCUGGGGCCGCGAAUGGAUCCUCCACUAGGGGAACCGGAAGGCUCGCUUGGGUGGGUGCUACCAAAUACAGCCAUGAAGAAAAAGGUGCUGUUGAUGGGUAAAAGUGGGUCUGGUAAGACCAGCAUGAGGUCUAUUAUCUUUGCAAAUUAUAUUGCCAGAGACACACGUCGGCUUGGUGCAACAAUACUAGACCGUAUACAUAGUCUUCAAAUUAAUAGCAGUUUGAGCACCUACUCUCUCGUAGACUCUGUUGGAAAUACAAAGACAUUUGAUGUAGAACAUUCUCAUGUUCGAUUUCUGGGAAACCUGGUAUUGAACCUGUGGGAUUGUGGUGGACAAGAUACUUUCAUGGAAAAUUAUUUCACUAGUCAACGGGACAACAUCUUCCGAAACGUGGAGGUUCUGAUUUAUGUCUUUGAUGUGGAGAGCCGUGAACUUGAAAAGGACAUGCACUACUAUCAGUCAUGCCUGGAAGCCAUUCUGCAGAACUCCCCAGAUGCCAAAAUUUUCUGCUUGGUUCACAAAAUGGAUCUGGUACAGGAGGAUCAGCGGGACCUGAUUUUUAAAGAGCGAGAAGAAGACCUGAGGCGUUUGUCUCGCCCAUUGGAAUGUUCUUGUUUCCGAACAUCUAUCUGGGAUGAAACUCUCUAUAAGGCUUGGUCCAGCAUUGUUUAUCAGCUGAUUCCCAAUGUUCAGCAGCUGGAAAUGAAUCUAAGGAAUUUUGCUGAAAUUAUUGAGGCUGAUGAAGUACUUCUGUUUGAGAGAGCUACUUUUCUAGUGAUUUCUCAUUAUCAGUGUAAAGAGCAGCGUGAUGCCCAUAGAUUUGAGAAAAUCAGCAACAUUAUUAAGCAAUUCAAGCUAAGCUGCAGCAAGUUGGCUGCCUCUUUCCAGAGUAUGGAAGUCAGGAACUCUAACUUUGCUGCUUUCAUUGACAUCUUUACAUCUAACACUUAUGUGAUGGUUGUGAUGUCUGAUCCAUCCAUUCCUUCUGCAGCUACUCUGAUCAACAUCCGCAAUGCCAGGAAACAUUUUGAAAAGCUGGAAAGAGUGGACGGACCAAAGCAGUGUCUUCUCAUGCGCUAAACAUUGCUUAAUACUAUUUCACACAAAAAUUAAAACACUGUUUAUUAAUUAAUCUUAAUGUCGUAUUUAUAUGUGUAGGCCCUGAAAUGUUCUGAUGCUUACCACUUCUGUGUUUCUUCUCUAGUCCCUAGUCUUAAUGUUUAACUUUGAAUGCUAUUUACUCAAAUAGCCAGUGAGGAGUUAGGUGAACUGUCCUUAAAGUUGGUGUAACAUAAAAGUAGGUGAUAUAUGUAAGUGUUCUGAUAAUCUGGUUCUAAUAGUGUUUAAAUGUUGUGAUAAUCUGGUUCUAAUAGUGUUUAAGUGUUCUGAUAACUUGGUUUCAGUAGUUGUGUAUGCCAAAGCCUUUCCCAGCAUCCUCUUGUAUUCCUCAGUAGAUAGUAACCUAUAAGUUUGAAUAUUACUGUUUUCUCAGCAUGCAUUAAAAUAUUCCUUAACUUCAACUGUAAAUAAACUUUUGCUGUUAGGGAUUUCAGUGUCUGUUUUUUUUCCCCUUGUUUCUUCAUCUCUGCCCUAAGAAAGAGUGACAGAAUUGCACAAUUAUCCUAGUGAAGGAGACAAUGUUGGAUGGAAGAAUGGAGCCAAAUUAUAGCCUUAAAGCUAGACAGAAGAGUUUAGACAUACAGUAUCUAAAUGCAGUCAGAACUAGGAAAGCAUUGUGAACAAUUGAGCACGAGAAUUAUGUGAAAGCAAUUUGGAAAGAAAAUUUGCCAUGGCUACGUGGACUGACAGCAGUUGGGGAAGCUGCUAAUAAUCCAUGUCCAAAGCAUCUGGAUUGAAGGUCUGUUGCAGGAUACAACUCAAGAAGGAAUAAAUAAUAAGUGGAUGGGAAAUGUAUGAGGAUUUAUGAGAUGAAAUCUUUCUUCAAGGUCCAGCAACAGUUAAUUUUAUAUAUUCCAUAGCACUUCUUGGGAUGUAACUUCAUUAUUCUAGUAGAACUCUAUGAAAACCUUUUAUAAGCUGGGAGUUUGAUGAGUUGUCCCCCAAAAGCUCGCAUGUGAGACAAUGGAAGAAGAUCAGAGAAGAAAUGAUUGAGUUAUGAGAGUCUUAACCCAAUCAGUGAAUUAAUAACCUGAUGGAAUUAAUUGAGCAGUAUCUGAAAGCUGGCGUAUGACUGGGUAUUGGGGGUGUGACUUUGGGGUAUAUAUUUGUAUCUUGUGAAUAGAGUCUCUCUGCUUUCUGAUCAUCAUGUGAGCUGCUUUCCUCCACAACACUCUCACCAUGGUAUCCUGCCUUACCUUCAGCCCCAAGAAAUUGAACCUGCUGUCUGUGGACUGAGACCUCUGAAACUAGGAGCCCC